UCCGCACGUAACCUUCGCGAUGAAGAAAAUACCAAGUCGUAACCUUAAGUGCAGACUGGUAUUGUCAUUCAGUGAAAGUCCUUUACGCGAGUAGGUGUGUGCAUGCACAUUUUAAGACUAUACAUUUUGACAGGAAUUCUGUUAUUCCAGUCUCUGGAUUGACGUAGGUACUUUGUGGACAGAUAAGUUUAUCGUGUUUCCACCUACGUACGAAUCUAGUACCUACUAAUAGGAAGCACGUGACAGUCGUCAUUUAAGUCUCUGGAUUAGGCACGUUGUCGUAUUUUUGUUCAUUUACCUCAUUAAUCCAUUACUGUAAGGAUGAUAUCACCGCGAGUAAUUCGUUGGCGAAUUUGAAAUGUCGUUAAAAGUUCUGAAGAGGCUCAAAAGCGCACAUGUGAAGUUCGCGAGUGGAUGUUCGCUUGGACAACGUUUUAUCUCUUGUUGGUUAAUUUAAAAAUAAUGCGCUAUUAUCUUGUUUUUUUGGUGGCAUUGGGAUACGUUAAGGCUGAAGUACUUUAUGAAGAAAUCAAUCCGUAUACUGAAGCACUAAGUUACACUCCCUGGAAAAGUGUACAAAAGUAUGUGGAAGUGAGGCCUGGAGCGUUCAUGUUCUAUUGGCUGUACUAUGCUGAUGGCACGAGCUACGGUGCGGACAGAAAGCCGCUGGUAAUAUGGAUCCAAGGAGGGCCAGGCUUGGCAGCCAGCGGAAUAGCCAACUUUAUGGAACUUGGCCCUUUUGAUAUGCACAUGCAACCGCGAAACCAUACCUGGGUGAAAGGGAGGAAUGUAUUGUUAAUAGAUCAUCCUGUGGGCACAGGGUUUAGUUAUGUUACUGACAAAAAAUUACUUGUAAAGACUGAUAGACAAAUGGCGACAGACCUCGCCAGAGCAAUAAAGACGUUUUUCCGAACGCACAAAGAAUUUCGCAAAACGCCGACUUAUCUCUUCAGUCAGAGUUAUGGAGGAAAACUUUGCCCGAGAUUGGCGUAUUAUCUUCACACAGCAAUUGAAAAGAAGCGUCUUAAGAUGAAUUUCAAAGGCAUAGGAAUUGGCAGCGGUUGGGUUGACCCAAAAGAGAGCACUUUGGCGCAUCCAAGCUUUUUAUACAAUAUGGGUGCCAUCGAUCAAAAUACGUACAUGAAAUGCGUCGUAAUAUCCAAGAGGAUAGCAUACGCCGUAGAACAGAAGAACUACGUGGCAGCAGGUGAAUACGACGCCAUUUUGUAUAGAACCGUUACGCAAGAGUCCGGCAUGGAGAUUAACUUCAACAAUAUUAACCAAGUGGACACAAAUGGCGCACUGAAUUUGCUAGAAAAGAAAAUAAACAAAUACGUAAAGCCAACCCUGAAAAUAGUCAACCAAAGCUUGGAAUGGUCGUACAUUUCUGAAGAUGUAUUCCAAAGUUUGAAUCGAAGUUUUUUUGUGCCGUCAAUGAAAUUUUUAGAAAUGCUGCUAAAUAACACUCAGCUGAAUAUUGCAGUUUACAAUGGCAACUUGGAUGUAGUCACGCCUUUAGCAGGGGCAUCAAAUUGGGCACACAAGCUCAAUUGGUACGGUGCCGAUGAGUUUAAAAAUGCAAAACGAAUAAAAAUCAAUGGUCACCGAACUGGAUUCUAUAAAAAAGCGCACAGAUUUAGUUUUUGGUGGGUCUUCGGCUCUGGGCAUUGGGUACCUGAAGAUAACCCUGUCGCGAUGGAACAAAUCCUAGAGCACGUUAUGUCGAGUGACGAAUAGAAGAGUGGAUUUCAUAUUGAAAUAUUUUUAUAUUUUAUUAAUUAAAAAGUGUUAUUAUACCAUU